CAAAGAGUCGGCUCUGAGAGCCGGCUCGUUCACGAACAACACAUCACCACGCGACGUCACCUUCCUGCGACUCUCCCUGACUGAUCUCUCCAUGUGAACAGCUUUCAGCAAAGUUAUCGUUAAAUGAUCGGUUUACAUGUGGGAUGGUGACACCAGCUGCCAAACUGUGAGAUACCCCUGUCCCUCCUUUCCUACCCGGGGCCGCUGUCUUGUCUUUCAGUCCAAAUGGCCAGCCGUCUCUUGAGCAGAUACAGCCGUCUGCUCUGCAGGGCCUCCUCCAAGGCCCCAGCUGCUGCUGCCGCCACUGCUCGACUCCUUCCACCUGUAGCCGGGCUUGCAGAGGUGCAGAGGGCUCAGGGAUGGCCGUGGGCCACAGAGAGGUUAAUGUGCGAGGGAAAGACAGUCACCAAAGAAGAGAGCUUUUCAACUAUGCCUACACGCACCCAAGUGGAUGAAUUGGUCGAUGUGGCGGAAGUGCCGGAGGACGUCCUUUUGGCCUGGGCGGAUCAUGGAGGAAGUGCUAAUCAAGCAGCUACUGCCCUGAUUAAGUGGACUCAGUUGGUGAUGAAGACGAAGGCCAAGGAACAGCAUCCUGAACUUAUGGAGGAUCCAAGGCUACUGAAUAUGAUAGAUACUUUAUCUCAGGAGGUGUCUUCAGUGUGGAACAACACUCUAGUGUCUGUCCUGCAGGCUUUCUGGGUUAUCAGUGUGCCCUCCACUGAUAAAGCGCUCAGAUCCGUUCAGACUGAGGUCCUAUGGCGAAUCCGCAGGCUGACCUACAAGCAGCUGGGCCACCUGAUAUAUUGGGGGGCAGGCAGGAAGAGACCGCAGGAUGUGGAAAUAGUGAAUGCUGCAAUAAAACAGAUUGAACUGCGCUGGACUGAAAUCGCCGACGCUAAAGUUGUCAGUGCACUGAUAUCCAAAGGAUAUCUCAUGCCGCCUGCUUUGGUGGACAGACUUGAAGACAAGGCUUUGGAGCUGGCAGAGGGCUUUACAGCAGAAGACAUCCGCAGAGUCUGUGUAUCUUUGGCAGCUCAGAGCCGCAGAUCUGUCCCGCUCCUCAGAGCUUUGUCCUACCACUUUCUCCAGAAGCCGUCGUCACAGUUCACCACUCCACUGAUACUGGACAUGGCUUUUGCAUACGGGAAGUUGAAUUUCCACCAUUCUCAGGUGUUUCAGCGAAUGGCCUCAGAGUUGUUACCCAGAGUUCCUGAGCUCAUCUCCGCCGAUGUCACACGCUGUGCUAAAUCACUCGGCUUCCUCAAGUGGCUCCACAUCCCUCUAUUUGAGGCCUUUGCUGAGCACUACACAGCAAACAGUCAGAACUACAGUACCGCUCAGGUCUGUAAUCUGCUCAUGACUUUUGCCAGACUAAACUUCCAGCCCAGAAAAGGAGACGAGUUCUUCAGCAAGGUUCACUCUGUGCUGGAGGACUCUCUCUCAGGCCUGGAGCCUUUCUUGCAGACAGAUGUGGUUUGGUCUUUGUGUGUGCUACAGCAGGCCAAGCCCCACUACCUCAUCCCGCUCACACAACAGGAGCAUGUCACGAAACUGUCAGGGAACAAUCCAGUUCGAGUGGAGAGCUAUCGGCUGAAGCUCCUCCACAUUGAUGCUACUCUCCAGUUAGAGCAUCCAGGUUCCUCAAAUACUCCAUCAUCCCUGAGUGCACUGUUUGAACCGGCCAGCAGCUCCACCGUCUCCCCCCUGCAGAGCAAUCUGAGAGAGACUUUACAGAGUUUGGUGGGUGGGAGGACAGGGGUCCUUCGCACAGGGGUUGACACUGUGUAUGGAUGGACUAUUGACGGAGAGUUGGUAGUGGAUUGUGACAACAAACCAAUUGACAUGUCAAUGCUGAAAGCCCCUCAUCUACCCAGUGGAGGAGGAGACCAGGCUUUACCUGCAGGGGCACAUCGGCUUGCUUUCAUAGCUUGGGAAUUUCCAAACUUUGGCUCAAAGAGUAGAGACCUUCUGGGACGGUUUGCCAUGAUGAAGCGACAUCUCCAGUUGGCUGGCUUAGUCACAGUGGAGGUACCUUAUUAUGACUGGCUGGAAUUGAAGACAGACUGGCAGAAACUGGCGUAUCUAAAGGAUAAAAUGGGGAAGGCUGUGGCCGAGGAGAUGGCCAAAUGAACCCACGAACCCUCGAGCAAAUUUGCAGACUCAGCUAAAUCAGAGCUUUCCCAACCAAAUGGGACCACAGGGAAUGCACGCUUACACCCACAUUCACACUGAGAACAGAGCAGAAAAGCUCUCAUACUCUAUCAAAAAAAAAGAAGAAGAAGAAAAAAAAAUCAUAUUUUCACUCUGGUUACCUUGGCAACGUGUGGGGCUUUCCCUGUUUCCAUAGAGAUGGCGAGAGUUUUGGAGCAAGAAAAAGACAGAAAUAAACACAACAGCGAGUCCUUCUGUAGAAAUGAUAUGAUCUGUAACUAGGUCUUUGCAUCUGGGCAUGACAUGUCAAAACAGAAGCACCUGAGGCCAUUUGUAGAAUUCUGACCAUGCUUAAUAUCAGCAUAUGAGUAGAUUGGAAUAACUUAAUUAUCUCUGUGAAUGUGUGUCAUCUUGUGAUGAAAUAAAUUGUUUUAUUGUC